CACGUUUGUUCUUGCGCGCGGCAAAUAAAGCCCCAGAAAAAACACUGCUAAGUAUUAAACCUUUGAGCUUUUUUUAAUUUAUUUAUUUUCAGUUAACUGAACCCAUGGCGUCUACAAGUGAAAUCCCGCUGAAAAGCAGAAACUUACCAUGGGUGGAAAAAUACAGACCUCAAAAACUAGAUGAUUUAAUCUCACACAAAGACAUUCUUAGCACCAUCCAGAGGUUCAUCAGCGAGGACAAGCUUCCCCACCUCUUGUUUUACGGCCCCCCUGGAACAGGAAAAACCUCCACGAUCCUGGCCUGUGCCAGGCAGCUGUACAAGGACAAAGAGUUCAACUCCAUGGUGUUGGAGCUAAACGCGUCAGACGACAGAGGUAUCGAUGUCGUACGAGGUCCGAUUCUGAGUUUUGCCAGCACCCGGACCAUUUUCAAGAAGGGCUUCAAGUUGGUGAUUCUAGACGAGGCCGAUGCCAUGACCCAGGAUGCCCAGAAUGCAUUGCGGCGAGUGAUUGAGAAGUUCACAGAAAACACUCGAUUCUGCCUCAUCUGCAACUACUUGUCCAAGAUCAUCCCGGCCCUGCAGUCCCGCUGCACCAGGUUCCGCUUCGGCCCGCUGUCUCCAGACCAGAUGAUUCCUCGACUGGAGCACGUCAUCCAACAGGAGAAGGUCGACAUUACUCCAGACGGAAUGAAGGCCAUUGUCACGUUAUCUUCAGGCGACAUGAGAAGAUCGCUCAACAUCUUGCAGAGCACCAGCAUGGCAUAUGGGAAGGUGACAGAGGACACGGUGUACACCUGCACCGGACAGCCCCUCCGCUCUGACAUCGCCAACAUCCUCGACUGGUGCCUCAACAAAGACUUCAACACAGCUUACAAACAAAUCCUUCAGCUGAAGACUUUGAAAGGUUUGGCUCUGCACGACAUCCUCACCGAGGUGCAUCUGCUCGUCCACAGAGUGGACUUUCCUUCAGCUAUCCGGAUGGCUCUGCUCGUCAAGUUGGCCGACAUAGAACAUCGACUUGCAUCCGGAACAAACGAGAGGAUCCAGCUGAGCUCCAUGGUUGCAGCUUUCCAGGCAGUCAGAGACCUGGUGGUCAGUGAAGCGUCUUAGAGCAAAGUGUUAUCAGCUCGUAUGUAAAAUACAGAAUUUUUUUUUCAGUAAAUACUUUUUACUUCAAUAAAAUAAAAAUGGAAAACUGGUU